AAAAAACUUAAGUGACUAAAUGUAAAAUUGACCAAAUAGAUGUGCUUCAAAAACCCAAGUUUCUUCCGCAAACAAACAGGAUGUUGAGCGACGACUGCGUUGUUAAUCAUAAAGAGUUGAAAUUUUUUGUUGGUGGACUUUAGAACUCCCAAGAUUCAGUCUGUGCUCGAAAAGCAUGGCGUUGAAGGUAUUUGCUGAUCGAAUGUCCCAACCAUCUCGUGCAGUUCUCAUCUUCUGCAAGAUAAAUGGGAUAGAUUUUGAGGAAAUCCGAGUAGAUGUCUUGAGGAAUGAGCAAUUCUCCCCUGAAUAUAAAGCAAUAAAUCCCAUGUCUCAGGUUCCAGCAAUAGUUGACGGACGCUUUAAGCUGUUUGAGAGUCACGCGAUUCUUAUCUACUUGUCUUGUUCAUUUCCCGGAGUUUCUAGUCAUUGGUAUCCUGGUGAUGUAUCCAAAAGAGCUAAAAUCCACUCUGUUUUAGACUGGCAUCAUUCAAACCUACGCCGUGGUGCAGCUGGAGUUGUUUUCAACACUAUCCUGGCCCCACUAAAUGGCAUCCCCUCAAGCCCUCAAGCAGCCAAACAAGCCGAGAAGAUACUCAUGAAAUCGUUGACUAAAUUGGAAACCUUUUGGCUAAAAGAUGGAAGAUUUUUGGUUGGAAGCUCUCAGCCUUCAAUAGCAGAUCUCAGUUUAGUUUGUGAAAUCAUUCAACUUGAGCUUCUGAGCGAGGAGGAGUGUCAUCGGAUAUUAAGUCCUUACAAAAAAGUUGUUCAGUGGAUGGAAGAUACAAAGAAAGCGACUGCACCUCAUUUUGAUGAAGUUCAUGAGUUUCUCUUUGAAGCCCAGAAGAGAAUUCGAGAGCAGAUAUCAAAAGAAUCUUCUGGGAAAUACGAAUUUAAGUCCAAGUUGUAAAAGCAAUCAUCUUAUCUUAGUAAAAAGGCUGAAGUCGUUUGAUUUCUGUAUAAUUCACCACGUAAUGUGCUAUAUGAUAUGUAUUAAGCCGAAAUAAACCAUUAUGAGAUUAUGUAAUCAUCAUUACAUUUUAAUUACCUGGAUUUCAUAAAGUAUUGAAGAAUACAUAUGAUGAUGUUGAUAAUAAUAAAAAAAAGUGAUUCUAUUUUAGGUUUAGAAAUUUUUAUGUCAAGUGUAUAUUAAGAUGACGUUUAAGAGAAU